AAAUGGUUAGCAAAAGAUUUUAAAUUUGAGAGAAAAUGGAAAAUUGCAGCAGCUUUUCAUAUGGUUCGUUGGGUUAUGGAAUGGCAUGAAACUGAUGACAAAUCUUCAAUAUGUGUUAAAUGUGUUAAGCCUCAUAAUUCCUCCCCAAAUUCAGUAGAGUCUUUAAGAAAUAAAAUUAUCAACUUGUCAUUAAAUGAUAUCGUAUGUACAUUAGAAACACAAGAUGGGCAAUUUUAUGAUAUCGAAAAGGCUUUCCCGGAGUUACCGGCAUACACACCACCUAAGCCUUCUCCUGAUGAUAUUUAUAUUGACGAAAUUCAUUGUCAUCGUAUUAUUCCUGUAUCGAAAAUUAUGUAUAGACAGAAACACAAUGUCCGAAAAGGAGAAUAUAGUACUAUUCGUGAAUAUCAAGAUGAGGAUCAUUAUUAUAAAAAAAUUAAAAAUGAAAAUUCUGAUGAGGCUGAAUUAAUCGAUGAUGAGAGUUACUCUAAUAAAAUUUUCUGGUCAGAAUCACAUCAGAACAAUAAACAAAUAAAAGAUUUAACAAAGAAUUUUUCAAAAUUUGACACACCUAAAUUACGUCGUAAUUUUAACUUGACAGAAUCAAUAAAACGAGUGUCUAAAAUUCGCCAAGACAAUAUCACUAAAAAUCAAACUCAAAGAAGAAUACAUGAUCAACAUAUAUCAUCCCGAAGAAUUGCAAAUCCAAUGGAAUUGAGUCAUAUCAAGAUUGAACAAGAACGUCAAGUACAAGCAGUAUUAUAUGAACAGCGACAUGCUGCAGCUGUUGCUUUUCAAGGACACGGAAGACCAAUUUACAUGAGAUCACAAAAUCCAAUAAUUGCACAAGGAAGAACAUCAUCUGUUGCUGUCGCAAAUGCGAAUCAUAUUCAAGCUUUUGUAAUGCAAAGGCAAGCACUAGCUCAGGCUCAACAGCAGCAGCAAAGACUUUCUCAACAACAAAUGACGCCUAAUAUGACGCCUAAUAUGACGCCCAAUAUGGCACCUAAUAUGGUACCUGCUUCUCAAGCUCAAUCUUUACAAGUUCAACAAUAUUACAAUUCACAACUUCGAGGUCAACAAUUCCAAUUUUAA